AUGUCUUCUUCUUCUUCUUCUUCUUCCAAAAAGCAUGAUGUAUUCAUCAGCUUUCGAGGUGAAGACACCCGAACCAAUUUCACUAGCCAUCUCCUUUCUGCUCUCGGUGACAACAGUAUCCGAACAUUCAUAGAUUACAAGCUUCAAAAAGGUGAUGAUGUUUGGCCAUCACUUUCCCAAGCAAUCCAGGACUCACACAUUUCCAUUGUUGUUUUCUCUCAAAACUAUGCUUCCUCAAGGUGGUGCCUGGAAGAACUGGUCAAGAUAAUGGAAUGCCGGAAACAUCAGAGUCAGGUUGUGAUACCUGUGUUCUAUGAAAUUGAUCCAUCAUGUGUGCGGAACCAGACAGGGAGUUACGAGGUAGCAUUUGCAAACCAUGAGCAAGACCUCACUGACAAUCAUUCCGACCAAGACAAACUGAAACUGCGUAGGUGGAGAAUUGCUCUUAGAGAAGCUGCCAAUAUUUCUGGAUGGGACUCUCGAAGUCGAACCCUCAGGGACGACUCUCAAGCCAUCCACAAUAUUGUCAAUGAUGUUUCGCAAAAGCUUUACUUCCUGAACCCUAAUGAACUGAAAGGCAUUGUUGGAAUUGAUGAAGCCUCUAAAGAACUUGAGUUAUUACUCGAAAGCUUUCCAAUAAUUGGAAUUUGGGGUAUGGGUGGGAUAGGUAAGACCACCAUUGCUAAAGUUAUGUUUGCCAAACUCUUUUCCCAGUAUGACAGUGUUUGCUUCUUGGCAAAUAUAAGAGAAGAAUCGAAAAGGAUUGGACUAACAUCUUUACGUGAAAAGCUUUUCUAUAAGCUACUAAAAGAAGAAAUUCCUGCGUAUGAUGUUGUAGGAUCCACAUCCAUUAUGAGGAGGCUCAGUAGUAAACAGGUUCUCAUUGUACUUGAUGACGUAGAUAGUUUUGAGCAAUUAGAAUAUUUGUGUGGAGAACAGGGUGAUCUGGGAGAAAAUAUUACCCUCAUUGUAACAACAAGAGAUAGAAAAUACCUUAUUGGAAGAGUUGAUAUGAUAUACGAGGUAAACAAAAGGAAUGAUGAAGAAUCUCUAGAGCUUUUUUGCUUGAAUGCCUUCAAAGAAAGUCAUCCCCAGGAAGGAUACAAAGAUCUCUCAGAUAGAGCAGUCCAUUAUGCAAAAGGCAUUCCAUUAGCUUUAAAAGUUUUGGGCUCACAUCUGUAUUCCAGAAGUCAUGAAUUUUGGGAAAAUACAUUGAGAAAACUUGAGAAGUAUCCCAAUGAAAAAAUUUUGAAUGUCUUAAAAGUUAGCUAUGAUGGAUUAGACGAUCCAACAAAGGAAAUAUUUCUCGACAUUGCAUUCUUUUUCAGAAAUGAAGAUAAACAUGUGGCUGUUGGGAUACUUGAUGCUUGUGAUUUUUUUGCAUCUAGUGGAAUAGAUGUCCUAGUAGAUAAAGCUCUGAUAACUAUUUCAUAUAACAACAACAUACAAAUGCAUGAUUUGCUGCAAGAGAUGGGUUUGGAUAUAGUUCGUAAAGAAUGUUCGAAAAAACCUGGAAGACGCAGCCGAUUGAGGGAUAAUGAAGUUUAUGAUGUACUUAAAAAUAACAGGGGGACUGAUACAGUUGAAGGAAUAAUGUUAGACUUGUCUCAAGUAGUGGAUCUGAAAUUGAGUGCUGACACAUUCAACAAGAUGCCUAAUUUAAGAUUUCUUCGGUUAUACGUCCCUGAGGGUAAGAAAUUACGUACUGUGUACCAUUGUACAAUUCUUGAGGAAUUUUCUGAUGAAUUGAGGUAUUUUGAGUGGGAUGGAUUCCCUUUAUGUUCUCUUCCACCAAAUUUUUGUGCUGAGCAUCUUGUUGAGAUUCGCAUGCCACACAGCCAUGUAAAAGAGCUUUGGCAGGGGGUACAGGACCUUGUGAAUUUAGAGACUAUUGACCUCUGUGAAUGUAAACAGUUGCUAAAGCUUCCGGAUUUGUCUAAGGCGUCAAAGCUUAAACAUGUGAAUCUCUCCGGUUGUGAAAGCUUGCCUGAUGUUCAUCCCUCUGUUUUGUCUCUCAGAACACUUGAAACUUUGAUUCUGGACAGCAAGACAGGAAACCAAAGCUUGCACUCAUCAAUCGGUGGUCUAAGCAAGCUUGUGUGGCUCAAUCUAGAAGGGCUGUAUAAUCUUCCAGAUGAGUUAUCGUGCCUGACAUCUCUUGAGGAGCUAAGGAUUUCUCACUGCGUAGAGGUUGACGAAGAGAAGCUAGGUGCCCUGUGUCCCGUCUUGCGAAACUUAGAGUUCCUAUAUUUGAGGGAUUGUUACAAUUUGUUUGGACUCCCCACCAACAUCAUACUCUUAUCAUCAUUACAUGAAUUGAGCCUCAACAGAAGCAAUAUUAAGAGUUUUCCUGUAAGCAUCAGCUAUCUUCCAAACCUGAAGAUUCUAUCCUUAAAUCAUUGUAGGAUGCUUCAGUUCAUACAUGGGCUUCCACCAUUCAUCAAAGAGCUUUCCGCCAGCAAAUGUAGCUCAUUGACAACGGUAUCCCUUUCAAAGGAUUUUUCAAUAAUCCAGAUGGAAGCAGAGGAGAAAUACACUUCGUUUAGGAAUGGAACGGAACUGAAUGAACUUUCACGCCUCUCCAUUAUGGAAGACACUUGUUUGAUAUGA